UUCAACUUGUAGCAAGAAGCUAUUCUCAGUAAGACUGGGAGAGAUGGCACCAACUCUGGCAGGCUCAUGCCCCCUCUUGCUUCUCUUUCUGGGGCUGUGGGAGGUCCCAGACAGUGCAAAGCCUCAGAACCUGACCUCUGCCCAGUGGUUUCAAGUUCAGCAUGUCCAGCCCAGCCCUCUCCAGUGCAACAAGGCCAUGGGCAGGAUUAACUCUUACACCCAGCGCUGCAAACCCCUUAACACCUUCCUCCACGACUCUUUCCAAAAUGUGGCCGUCGUCUGUGGAUCUCCCAGCAUAACCUGCAAGAAUGGCCAGAAGAAUUGUCAUCAGAGUCCUAAUGCAGUUUCCCUUACCCAAUGUGACCUCACCUCUGGGAAAUACCCCAAAUGCCGCUACAGGGAUACCUCCCUUGUUAAAGCCUUCAUUGUGGCCUGUGAUCCCCCAGAAGCUGGCGAUCCCCCUGGAUUUCAGCUGGUUCCUGUGCACCUGGAUGGCACCAUUUAG